AGAAAAAUCAAUUUGGCACUUUUCUCUUUCCAUGGUUCGCUGGGCUGUCCCAAAGAGAGACACAAUGGAACUACAAAAGGAUGCGACGGAAGCACUCGCCUUGGUCGAAAGUCCCCAAUUUCCUGGAAGGUUUUUUUUGGCACAAUCGUUCUCUCUGUGGGCUGAGUGUUUGCAAGUUUGGCAGCCGAGGCACCCUAUCCCAACCUCCCACCACCCAAUUCAGCUGAAUUGCGUAGUUAUAAAUCUCCGAAACGACCCAGAAUACGCCUGUUAGGAAACCCACAACCCACCCGUAUCACGCCGAUCAGCAGAUACGAAGCACUGCAACAACAGGGACAAGGAGGCGAGAGACAAAAGUCACCAUCAACUAUCAAGAGCCUCAACGACGCUCAGCAACACCAACCACGUAGAAAAAUGGCACCCUCACAACCACUCACCCACCUCCUGGACACCCUGGUCCUCGCGACCCGCACCAUGGGCAACGACGUCCCCUCGCCCGUCGUGCGGCGGCAGGCGCCCGCGACGGUCACGGUCAUCAGCACGCAGGGCGGGAACGCGAACCAGCAGCUGUCGGGCGGGGAGAUCGCGGGCAUCGUGAUCGGGUCCAUCGCAGGCUUCCUGCUGAUCAUCUGGCUGAUCCGCUGGUCGUGCACGCAGCAGAGGGUGCCGGACGAGAAGCCGAGCUACUACCACCAGGAGGUGUCGCCGGGGAGGCACCGGAGCCGCAGUCACGGCCACCGCCACCACCACCACCAUCGCCACUCCAGGAGCAGGAGCCGCGGGCCGGACGUCAGGGUCGUCCACAGCCACACGAGCGCGCAUCCCGGCGGUCAUGCCGAGCCGGCCGAGCCGACGAGGGUGUAUUACGAGAAGCGAAGGCGGAGCCACAGUCGGUACUGAGCGUGGAUGCCGGGGGCGAACGUCUCGCUUCUGGGCGGGGGUGCGUGUCGUCUAUUGGGUUGGGAGGCCCGGCCGGACUGGUCGCGUUUGUGAACUGCCAGCUAUCCAAUCGUUCCAGGGAAACGCGCCAGCCUGGCUACCCCACGAGCCUAGCAGAAGUUUGUCGCGUUGUCUAGACGGAAUGCAUGCAGCGGACUUUCUCGUCCUCUUUUUUUGUUUUUUCUUCAUUUCUUAUAAUGCAAUCCACUCCGAGCAAGUCGGUUGAUUGUCAACGACCGAUUCCCAUAUUUAGGACUUCUCUUUUCUUUUCUUUUUUCUUUUUCUUUUUUUCUCACGAUCGGCGCCGUUUCUUGGAAACCUUAUUUAAUAAUAUACGUAUAUAGCAGGAGUUUGGGGCGACGGGAUAGGGCACAAACAUACCUAGGAGCAGCCUCAUAGCUACGAAAUUUAUGUUUAUUUGUCUCAACGAACCAAAACAUUCGGACAAGG